AGCCUCCGCGUUCCUCUCGGGAAGGCUGGCUCGGCGGCGAGCUGCAAGGCUGCGGCCGACGAUUGGCUGUGAGGGGCUCGCAGCACUUUCUCCGAGGAACUGUGGCUGGGAUCCAGGCGGCCCGGCCAGGCUCCGGGCUGCGUUCCGCCCGCCUCGGGCAGCCAAGGCAACCAGAGCACCGGUGAUGGGGACCCCAGCCUCUGUGGUGAGCGAGCCACCCCUGUGGCAAGUUUCAACUGAGGCCCGGGGCCGCAAGCAGGCCUCUGCUAACAUCUUCCAGGAUGCUGAGCUGGUGCAGAUCCAGGGCCUGUUCCAGCGCAGUGGGGACCAGCUGGCUGAAGAACGGGCCCAGAUCAUCUGGGAAUGUGCAGGGGAUCACCGUGUAGCCGAGGCCCUGAGGAGGCUGCGCAGGAAAAGGCCCCCGAGGCAGAACCACUGCAGCAGGCUUAGGGUGCCAGAGCCUAGUUCUACAACAGCUGACCCACAGGACAGCACCACUGACACGGCCUCCAGUGAGCAAUUUGGGAACUCCCGGAGGACAAGUGCCAGAGUCCAAAGAAACUGGAAUAAGCCAGACCCCACAGGUUACCUCCACCAGAUCAGACACUGACCCAGUGAAGAGGUGGGGAGCUCUUUGGAAUGCUGCAGGGACGUUUGUCAAAGGGCUUAUGGAGUUACAAAAAGGAGACCUGAGCAGAGCCCUGUCUAGGGAUGGAAGUGGCAAUAAGAAUGUCCUCCUCAGUUCAGCUCAGAACCAGCAUUUGCUGGGCUCUGCACUGUGGGAGACCUGUUCCUGCCAAGCAAGGUGAUACCAAGGUUGCUGAUGCCUCAGCCUUUUUGACUUAACAGUGUAAGUGGGCUGCAUGGCAUUCCACUGGGUAAAAGAAACAUGCACUCAGAUGAAGCACCUCACCAUUUCUGCCACUAACUGCUACAGUUACUGUCACCUCCCAGCAGCCAGCUGUCUCACACCCCUGUGCCACAGGCCAGUGCAGAGGGGAAACUUGUUUAAGUGGAAAAUAAAAAACAUUUGAAUCAAGAA